ACAACUGUCAGUAUCCAGCGAGAUAUGAAGCCGAAAACAAGGAUGACGAAGAGCAACGCUCAGUUGGAUAUUAUCGUUGGGUUUGACAUGGACUAUGGUGGAUUUAGCAUCACCUUAAGGAUCUAAACUGUACCUUCACAUUUUCUAUGGGGGCGAUGUCUCCCGGUCUGUGAACGCUGAAGUUUUACAGGAACCUCUGACGUGUCAAAUCAUCGCCAUUUUCCUGUACAGGAGGAAACGCCUUAAGGGAAGAAAACAUAUCGAGCGAAUUUGGCGGAUUUAUCACACCGUUUUUGUCCUGAAGUGAUUUUCUUUUCCCAUCACCGGCAGCCAUGGGGAAUAUGUUUGCGGGGCUCUUUAAAAUGUUUGGGAAGAAGGAGAUGAGGAUACUAAUGGUGGGCUUGGAUGCUGCAGGAAAGACAACUAUUUUGUACAAGCUUAAACUUGGAGAGAUUGUGACAACCAUUCCAACAAUAGGUUUCAAUGUAGAGACAGUAGAGUAUAAGAACAUCAGUUUCACAGUUUGGGAUGUUGGCGGUCAAGACAAAAUCCGACCACUGUGGCGUCAUUAUUUUCAGAACACACAGGGUCUGAUUUUUGUCGUGGAUAGCAAUGACAGGGAGCGAUGUGCUGAGGCUCGGGAAGAGCUCUUGAGGAUGUUGGCUGARGACGAACUGCGUGAUGCUGUGCUUUUAGUGUUUGCUAACAAACAAGACCUUCCAAAUGCCAUGAAUGCUGCAGAGUUGACUGACAAGUUGAACCUUCACUCCCUGCGUAACAGAAACUGGUACAUCCAGGCAACCUGUGCCACUACUGGAGACGGUCUCUAUGAAGGACUUGAUUGGCUGUCUAAUCAGCUCAAAAACCAUUAAUGGCUAGAGCAUUUAAGAAAUUACUCUGUUCCACCCAAUCCCUCAUGUUUUCUCCUUUCUAAGUAAAACUGAAUCAACCCCAUACUGGAAACCGUCCCUCUGCUCAGCUUUGAUCUCCUAUACAUAGGCCAGUGGUGGGGUUUUUCUAAUCUUGUAAAGCUUUUGUUGGUACACUUUAUUUUGUGUAAAUGUAAAUAAUUUUUGGUAAUAGGGAUCUUAUUGCACUGACUUUUCUUGGCUGUUGGGUGGCUUUAACUUUGACAAAGAAAUUAAGAGAAGAAAUUUACCAGAAUAUUUUGGCCCCAGAAACUCAACACAAUCAAAAGUAAUGCAAGUACUGAUCAGUGGGGAGGGAGAGCGUGUUGAAAUAAACUGAAUUAUACUGAUGCACUACUUGAAACUGCUGCAGUAACAUGUAACAAAUCUUGAAUUUAAACAGAACACUGGCAUUAACCCGUUUGUACUGACAUUGCUCUCGUCUGUGAACACUCACCAGCUUUUUGUAAAAAACUUUGAUGGAAGUGAACAUACUGCAGUGAUCGCACACUAUCUGUAUAAUGGUGUCAGGUGGGCACUCUAUCAGUUUUGAUUUUUCUAUUUAGGAGUCUCAGGUUGAUCAUAUGUAGCUUUUUCAGAGCAAGCACGUCUACUGGGUGUUUAUAUCUUUACCCAGACGAGAAACUCCUUGCCUACUGAGUACUUAUCCCAUUAACUCUAUAAUCAUUUAUCUGUGAGUGUACUGUGUGAAAUAUAUUUAGCUGUUUGGUGCCAUAGUUUAAGGUUGUAGGCAGCUGAUCGCAUGCUUGAUUCUUCUCGGUUUGGGGAAAUAGCAUUUUGAAAGCAAUACCAAAAUCAGCUGCAUCAAAGUGCCACCAUCUUUGAUGUAAACAAAAAGCCAAACAAAUGCCUUUAUUUUUCCAAGAUUUGUCUUACAAAAUGUUGAUGUUUCCUUCUGUUGUUGGUGCAUUAUGUUCUUUUUGAUUUCUAAUUGCCUAAAUGUUCUAAUAUUGCAAUAAGUCUGUCGAUGUUGAUGUUUGUCAAAAUUUGUGGAGGGUUGGGGGUCACACAUUGCAAUAAAAGUGACCGGCUACAAAAU